CGGUGGAGACCGUGUUUGAUGCGCUCGUACAGUCUUUUAAAAGGGGCGGGAAUAUACAAACAGUCCCGCAUGUAUAAAACUCUUGGAGACACAUGAAGUGCUGUGGAGUUUGGACAUUACGCCUGACAGACUGGCAGAGAAGAACAUGCGGAACAUGCUCUCACUGCUCACCGUUGUGCCUGUUUAUCUCGCGGUUUGGGGGGGAAUCAGUGCAGAUGCUCAAGGUGGUCCUGUGUUACGGAACUCCAUCCGGAAUCUGCCCGCAGCAUCCAGUCCGAGUGACGCGGUGAGCGCGAGCCCGCGCGUGACCGGCGCCGCAGACAGCCACGCUCCGGCGUCGCCGCACUGCGCCGCUGAUGAUGAGUGCAGGCUCGGUGAGUUUUGUAACGGCUCUCGCGGAGUUUGUCUCUCGUGCCGCAGGCGGAGGAAGCGCUGCGCUCGUGACGGCAUGUGCUGCGCUGGAAAAAACCGAUGCAUCAAUGGUGUGUGUCAACCUGCUGAUGCAGAUGCUGUCGGCACGGCAGAUGCCGCUCAACCGGUUGGCAACACGGAUGAGCCUAGUGUGACUGUAACACGUGGGCAGAACUUAACACAUCCUAAAAGAACCACCAGCCUACCGAAAGCACAGCAGCCACUCAAAGGUGGCGAGGGCGAGACGUGUCUCAGGUCUUCGGACUGUUUGGAAGGGCUCUGCUGCGCCCGACACUUCUGGUCACGAAUCUGUAAGCCCGUGCUGACGGAGGGGCAGGUGUGUACGCGUCACCGGCGGAAAGGAGCUCACAGUCUGGAGAUCUUCCAGCGCUGCGACUGCGGCUCCGGCCUGACCUGCCGAGGCCAGAGAGAGAAACCUGGAGCAGAAAGCAGAGACCUCCACACCUGCCAACCACGCUGACCCCGCAAAACCGCUCUUUGCUCAACACACACCACGUGCACGCAUGCAGACACACAUGCAGUGGCGGCAAAGGAAAACUGAUUCCAUGGAAGGAUGCACCAAUAAAAGGAAUGAUCGUAUUUCCUGGACGGAUGCAGAGAAGCUGCACCGCAGGGAUGUUUCUUAUUGUACACUCUGCUAUUUAAGACUUUUUCCCCAG